AUGGCAGACUCAUCUGACGCUUCACCACUGCAUAAGCAGAAACACAUCAAGUACUGGCAACGCUGCCACAAAACAUACCUCCCAUCGCCCUACACGGCAUACGACUCAACCCGUCUCACAUUUGCCACCUUUACAAUUUCAGCCCUAGAUCUGCUGGACGCACCCCUGACGCCCUCGGAUCGCGCAGCCAUCCGUCGCUGGGUUCUGAGUCUGCAGCAUCCCGAUGGUGGCUUCUGCGGGAGUUCAACGCACGCUCUACAAGGGCAGGAUGCAUCAAAGGGAACUGCAAACAUUGCGGCUACGUUUUUCGCACUCAUUUUGUUAGGUGUCGCAGCUGAGAACGAGGACGAAGCAAGUGCUGCGUUCAAGGACGUUGAGAGGACGAAACUGCUCAGGUGGUUGAAGGGAUUGCAGAGAGAAGAUGGAAGUUUCGGUCAGAAUAUCUGGGAUGGACAGAUCGUGGGUGGGAGGGAUAUGAGGCACAGUUACCUGGCGAGUUGUAUUCGAUGGAUGCUGAGGGGGGAUGUCAAGGAGGGUGAGGAUGCUUGGGUUGAGGAUGUCAACGUUGAUGAGAUGAUUGCCCAUAUCCGAAGAGGACAGACCUAUGACGGCGGAGUUGCCGAGUCCUCACAGCACGAAUCGCACGACUCAACCUCAGCCCAUCCCCCUGAGAGCGCUCUCAAGCAGGGGAUUCCCAACCGUGAAGGACUCCUUCAGUUCCUCGCCUCCAGGCAGUUCGCCUACCUCGCCAAGGAAGAAGAGGAGGACGAGGUAGAGGAGAAUUUCCUGGAGAGCAAGCUUGGAGAGACCAACUAUGGACAUGUUGGUUUCAAUGGACGGUGGAACAAGAAGGCUGAUACGUGCUAUUGUUGGUGGGUUGGCGGUACACUCGCAAUGCUCGGUAACUCAUCCAUCAUCAACGCCCCUCCCUCCCGGCGUUAUAUCCUCGACAUCACACAGCACCAAAUCGGCGGCUUCUCCAAAGCCGUAGGAGGACCACCUGACAUGUACCACGCAUACCUAGGUCUCGCGGCGUUGUCUACCAUGGGCGAAACUGACCUGAAAGAGUUUGAUGUUGGACUUUGCUGUAGUAUGGAUACGACAAGAAAGAUCCAAAGGGCGAGGGAUGGGUUGGUUGAGAGUGUCAGGGGGGAGAGGAAGGGAUGGGGGGAUGAUGGGUUCUGGUAG